UGCACUCAGUUACUAUUACAUGCGCACGAUUCACACAAUCGGUUGUUGAAACAAUAGCCGUCGCGACGCGAGCGCAGACGCAUGGGAGUAAAACGGUUGACUAGUUUUAUUACAGUCGAUAUAAUGAACGUCUUUUAAUGAAAAAAAAAGACGCUUGACUCUUAUUAAAAAAUAAAUUCGACCACAGAAUAGGUAGACAAAGUCGAUUGUUGUAACAAUUUUGAUGUGUUUUCUUUUGUAAAUAUUGUUGUGAUUUCUUUAUCGAGUAAUUCGUGGCAGUAAAAUGGCGCAUACACAAAUAUCAAUCAAACAUUUACAGUAAAAAAAUAAAAAAGUAACUAUUAAAUAUUCAAAGCAAUUGAACGCAGUGACAUACUCUCCAAAUAGAUAUUAUUUAUUUACUAAGAAUUAGUGAAGUGACAUUUGGGAUAUUUUGUUUUUAAUUUAUUUUUAUUAAGAUGUCUGUGGAGGAAAAUCUAACAAAAACAAUGAAGCCAAGGAGUGUGCUGGGCAUCAGGCAUGUCCAGAUCCUGAUGUUGGCGCUGUCGAUGGCUAUUAGCUACAGCAUGAGGAUCAACAUGAGUCUUGCCAUCGUCGCCAUGACUGACCAGACUAAAGAAGGAGCCUUCGACUGGAGCGUGCAGAUCCAGAGCGUGAUAUUAUCCUCGUUCUUUUGGGGCUACGUCAUCCUGCAGGUCCCGGCUGGUGAACUGGCCGCCAGGUUUGGGGGGAAGCUGCUUCUCCUCAUUAACAUGAGCGUGAAUGCUACCGUGUCUCUCAUCAUACCUUUAUGUUCACAUUAUGGCGGGUGGCAGCUGGUAUGUUUAUGUCGGGUGAUGCAGGGUCUGUCCCAAGGAUUCCUGUUCCCGGCGACGCACAAUUUGUUGGGCAAAUGGGUUCCACUCGACGAAAAGAGCCGCCUGGGAGCGCUCGUGUAUUCUGGAUCUCCAAUCGGCAUGGCCCUUCAGAACCUGAGUUCGGGAUUCAUCGCGGAGUACUGGGGCUGGCCGUCCAUCUUCUACAUGAACGGGGCUUUGGCUGCCAUCUGGACGGCUAUUUACGUCUUCAUAGGCGCUGACUCGCCGCAGUCCUCACACGUCAUCAGCGAGGAAGAACGGUUCCAUAUACAGAACUCUCUUGGACAUGUUGGUGGGCAUAAGAAACUGAAGACGCCAUGGAAGUCUAUAUGGACGUCUGUUCCAUUCCUGGCGCUGAUGAUAGCGCAUGGUGGCCAGAACUGGGGCUUCUUCACGCUGAUGACUGAGAUACCCUCCUACAUGGCGAACGUGUUGGGGGCUGAUAUUAAGAAGAAUGGAGUGUUGUCAGCUCUGCCAUACAUCGCAGCGUACAUCAUGAGUUUCCCAGUCGGCUUCACUGCUGACUACAUUAUGAAGAAAAAGCUGAUCGGUAUUACUGCCACAAGGAAAAUGUUCAACUCCAUAGCCUUAUACGGUGCAGCGACGGUGUUGAUCGGUCUGUCGUACAUCCCGUCUGACAGCAUGACCCUGGCAGUAUCAGUGUUAGUGCUCGUAAUGGCCAUCAACGCGGCUCACUACGCUGGCUUCAUUUUAGUGCACAUCGACAUGUCUCCGAACUUCGCGGGGUCUCUGAUGGGCAUCACCAACUGCUUCGCCAACAUCAUUUCCAUCAUCGCUCCACUCGCUGCUGGAGCUAUGCUUAAUGAUGAGACGGAUCCUGUCGAAUGGCGCAAAGUGUUCUUCGUGACGUCAGCAUUUUACGUCUUUGCUAAUACCAUAUUCGUCAUCUUCGGAUCCUGUGAGGUCCAGAAGUGGAACGACGUCCCUGAAGAAAGGAGUUCCCCCGAGAAACCUGAAAAGGAAGCGUAAUUAAUUAAACGCGUAUAGUUUUAAGUAGUAAUGUUUAAAAUAAUUGACCAAAGUUUAUUAUAUUGAUCGACGGACGAAUAAAAUAAUAAUUUAAUUUUA